GUCCCUAACAAACUGGCUUCCCCGAGGAUCUCCUUCAGGAGGGCGCUGCCACGCUUAGGGUGAGCGCUCCGCCCGGGACCGUCCCGAUGGGGACUGUGUUCACUGCACGGUCCGGAGCCGAGGGUUCGGGCACCAGCUUCUCAGAUACCCAGGGUGCUGGCGAUGAGAGGUCGGGACUGCGACGCGAGACGAGGGCUGGUCAUUGCUUCUCUCCCUCCUAGGGCCCUCCCAUGGCUUCACAGGAGAGGGUGGGCGCAGUGUCCAAAGGAACCGGGUUCCGGCGCUGCCCUAAGCAGGUCACUUACACGCCGGGGACCUGCGAGCUGCUCAGAGUGAUGAUGAAGGAGUCCAAACUGACUAACUUCCAGCAACGACACAUCUUGGAAACCAUGAGAAGAGGAGCCCCUCUGCCCCUGCAGUGCAACCCAACAUCCAGCCAGAGGGGCUCUCCUUCCAAGAAGCCAGCUACAACCAUCUACCUGCCUCCCAUCCUGGCUACCCACUCCCACCUCCGGCCUGCCAGCAUGUGUCAAGCCAAUGGGGCAUACAACCGUGAGCAAUUCAAGCCUCAGGCCACCAGAGAUCUGGAGAAGGAGAAACGAAGACUCCAAACUAUCUUUGCCACUGGGAAGGACACGGAGGAGCGGAAAACGGCUCCACGUGUGCAGCAAGAGGACCCAGGUCCCGAGGUGGACCGCUUUGAAGAAUUGGUGAAGGAAGUCCAGGACAGGAAAGAAUUCUUGGCUGCCAUGGAGGCUCUGGGACAGGGCAAGCAAUACCGAGGAAUCAUCCUGGCUGAAAUCUCCCAGAAAAUAAGGGAAAUGGAGGACAUCGACCGCAGCAGAAGCGAGAGGCUCAGGAAGGCUCUGGCCACCACCUAAUCCUAGACAAGGGCGGGCCAGCCCA